CAUGCAGAGUUCGUUGAUAACAUUAUUGUAACAAAGUAAUAGUCUAGUUAACAAUUACUUGUUUAAAUGGGAUAUACAAUGUAUUUGUUGUCCUUUAGGCACUUAUAGGCUAUAGGCUAUACAAAUCUUUCGACAGGGGUCAGUAUCUUCACGCUCCUCUAAAAGCAACGCGACACUUUGGUCACGUGGUCUGACCGAGUAGGACAGCCAUCUUCCCUAAAACACAAACAACAAGAGCGUACUAGACAUCAACACGCACCGACCAUUGGAGAGGGAGAGAGAGAGCAAACCAACAGUAAACACGGAGCACGAUUCUCGAGGAGGAGCACGGAACACAAACAACUGCACAUGAAUCCAAAGUGAAGAUCGUCGAGUUUGACGGGGUGACUGGACAGUAAAAUCGCAUCGACAGCUCCAGAAAUACGAUAAAGGAGGGAGAGGGAUUGUCGGCGUGAGGACGAGGACACCAGCUGGGACCUGGUCCACACAGCAUUGCCAGUACAACAAAAAAAGUUUUAAAAUCACACACGCAUAGAGAUAGAAAGAAGCUUAUUGGGUUCAUAUCUGCUUCUGGCAGCUGUAUUAUCAACAAGUUAGAUUCUUUUUUUUUUUUUUUUGUCUGUUCGUCUAUUUUGUUUGUUUCUUGUAGUCGAUCGACUUUAGACAUCAGUAUCAAAGCUCUGCAGUUUUUGCAGUCCAACAGGUAUUACUCAUUUUAGGCGGGCUUGAUUAUUAUUAUUAUUUUUAUUUUCAUUGGCUGUGAACAAGAGAGCUCUUACCGGGUCUGAACUUUUGUGUUUUUGCUCUCCUGCACACAUACCCUGAAUAAGGCAGCUAUAACCCUAGUCUCUCUUGAGUUGGCUUCUUUGAAACACACACACACACACACACACAACCUUUCAGCUCUUUCACUCAGACCUGGUCCAGCCUAGUCUUGCCUGCGCCACUCCCCUGGACAGGACUUUCACCUCUGAGAAGGAAGGAAGAAUAUGACUGCUGAAACACUUAACUUUGGCCCAGAAUGGCUCCGUGCACUUUCCAGUGGAGGCAAUGUGUCUUCCCCUCCUGCCUCUCCUGCUAUGCCAAAGUACAAGUUGGCCGAAUACCGUUAUGGGCGAGAGGAGAUGCUAGCACUUUAUGUCAAGGACAACAAGGUCCCUGAAGAAAUGCAGGAUAAAGAGUUUGCUGCUAUUCUGCAGGAUGAGCCUCAACAGCCACUGGCACUGUUGGCUCUCACCGAAGAGGAGCAGAGGAACUUCUCCAUGUCUGUCAACAGUGUGGCUGUGCUGAGGCUUAUGGGUAAGGGGGGUGGGGCCGUCCCGGCCGGGGUGAACCGAGGAAGAGGCAGCGUGAGAGGCGGUCGAGGUCGAGGAAGAGGAGGAGAGAUCGGAUUCUACCAAAGAAGCAGUGAGGAAGUAGAGGGCGGUUUUGGUCGGAGCGUUCGAGAGGUGCAUCGCAGUCAGAGCUGGGAUGACAGAGGUGAAAGACGUUUUGAGAAACCUCUGCGGAGAGAAGCUGUGCGCCUGGGUUUCGAGGAGGGGGUUCCAGGUGGCAGAAAGGAGUUCAUGCGCUCUGAUAGUGACAACUGGCGCAUACUGAGAGAGGAACAGGAGGAGGAGGACGCAGGAGAGACUGGUGUCAGCUGGAGACUCACCGGUUCACGAAGAGAUGAUGGUGGUCCUCGCUCAGCUGGUUGGCGGGAGCAUUCUGGUCCAGGUGAAGUUCGCCGCAGGAAGUUUGACUUCGACUUCCGGGAUGGAGGGAUUGAGGGAGGCAGAAGGAGAGCAGGAAGCGAAGGAGCAGAGGAUGAGAGAGAUGGUCUGCCAGAGUGGUGCACAGAUGAGGAAGAUGGAGAAAUGGGAACCUUUGAUUCUUCUGGAGCGUUUAUGUCUAUUAAGAAGGGCCCGAAAGACCCCAUUCCAGAAGAGGAGUUUGAGUUCCAGGGGUUGGAGGAUGAGGAGGAGGACAGUGUUUAUCAAGAGAAGAAAAAUGAGUCUGGAGCUGAAAUAAGCGAGAAAGAUGUGACUGAUUCUGCUCCAGUGUCUGAAACUGAAGUGAAACCAGGUUCUCCUUCCCCUCCUCCUCCUCCUCUCCCUCCUGUCCCUCCAACUCUUCCACCUCCUGUCACUGAGGCUGUGCCCUCUGCUGCCCCCUCUGGCCUGGAGAAAUUUCAGCCUGCCCCCUCCAUUCCCAACAAACUACCAAGUGAAGUGUUAUUAGAGGCCAUGUUAGAUUUGAGCCCCAGUGCCUCCUCCAGUCUGCCUUCAUCGCCUCCCUCUUUGUCCUCUGCUGCUACUGACCUCCCACCACCAGGGGGUGAUAUUGAGGACGAUGAGGGCAUGAAGCACCUGCAACAGGAGGCAGAGAAGAUGGUGGCAGCGCUCCAGGACACAUCUCUAGAGGAAGAGUGUUUCACCCAGACUCUUCAGGAGGGCAGAAACACAGCCUCUGCUCUUCCUCUUUCCCAUGACUCUGCCAUGAAAUGGUUUUACAAAGACCCGCAAGGAGAGAUUCAGGGACCUUUCAGUACAGUGGAGAUGUGUGAAUGGUUUCAGGCGGGGUAUUUCGACAUGAACCUGCUUGUUAAACGUGGUUGUGAUGAGGGAUUUCAGCCACUGGGGGAUGUCAUUAAGAUGUGGGGGCGUGUGCCUUUCGCCCCUGGACCCUCCCCUCCGCCCCUCUUGGUGAGGAAUCAAGCCCACCCUCGCCCUCACCCACCCCAGGGGGCAACCGGUAAUAUGGAUCAGGAGCGGCUGAAGAAACAGCAGGAAUUAGCUGCUGCCAAGGCUCUUUACCAGCAGCAACAGCAGCUGUUCCAGCUCAUCAACAGGUGUGGAGAGCAGGGUAUGAUGCCUUCGUUAAACAGGUCGAUGUCAGUGCCAGAUACAGGGUCCAUGUGGGACAUGCAUACCUCAGCCUCACAGCCAGCAGGCGGUGAGGCCAGUCUAUGGGACUUAAUGAAUUCUUCAACUCAGGGUCCAAUUCUAGAACAGCUUCAGAAGCUACAUGAGAGGAGAGAAGCUGAACUCAGGGCCAAGCGUGAGGAUGAGGAGAGAAAACGGAGGGAUGAGAAAAGGCGAGAAGAGCAGAAAAGGAGAGAGGAGGAGGAGAUUUACAGGCGCAAACAGCAACAGGAUUUGCUGGUGAAGUUGCUCCAGCAGACUCAGCGUCAGGGUUCCUCAGGCUCCGGGUCGAGCUGGAGCGGAGGACCCAACCCUGGGCUGGGAAAGCAGACCAAGCCCCACAACCUCCUGGAAAUCCAGCAGGAGGCUGAAAGAAUGCACAAACAACAGCACAGAGUCCAGCAGCAGAGGUGGGGUGAUGCCUCUUCGUUGUGGGGAACGGCUGGAUCUUUGGAUGGAAAGGUGGGUGGAGGUGGCAGCCCUUCUGGAGGAGGGAUGGGAAUCUGGGACGAGGCCCUCAAGAACCAGAGCGCACUUCGCAGCAACAUAGGGCUGAAGAACAGCCGGAGCAGUCCCUCAUUGAGUGAGCAGUACAUGAUGAGAGGCCGUAAACGCACUGAGGAAGAGGAGCGGCUGUUGAAACUCCUGCAGGGGGUGAAGUCUCAGGACGGCUUCACCACCUGGUGUGAACAGAUGCUGCAUGCGCUCAACACCUCCGCCAGUAACUGCUCCUCUUCCCAGGAUGUGCCUACUAUUGUGGCGUACCUGAAGGAGGUGGAGUCCCCGUAUGAAGUGUUGAACUUUAUCUGCUCCUACCUGGGUGACACUGUCGAAGCCAAAGAGUUCGCCAGACAGUUCCUGGAGCGCCGUGCCAAACAGAAAGCUAACCACCAGAGACAGCAGCAGCAGCUCUCCAAAGAGAUGGCUGGACUUAGCAUGAACAACUUCUCUCUGCAGGAUACUGUUCGAGGAAUGAACCCCAGUGCCCUGUUCCAGGCAAUGCAUUCUGGGAAGGGGGGUGGGGCCUAUGAACAGGCAGCAAAGCUGAAGAAGAAACAGCCCACGAUGCUGCACUCUGACCCAAGCAUCUUAGGGUACUCAUUCCAUGGUGGUCCUGAUCGGUAUGGUCUAAACGAGAUGGAGAUGGUGGAGGAUUACUGAAUACACAGCAAUAGCUACACGAGGCCUUUAAACCCGCGGGUCCACCUAAUCAGACUCCGCAAGUCGAAUGUGCACUGCUUUGAGGGAGAGGGCUUUGGGGAUAAGCCAGGAGUAAGGUAUCAGUUUAGGGGUGGGUGGGUUUUGCGCUGGGAAUAGAAGAAUGUAAUUCAACAGGGAAGGGAACAGGUGUGACUUUAUUUUUGUGUGUGUGUGUUUUCAGGGGAAGGGGGGUGAAAAAAGUUCUGGCACUUACAGCAUUAAGCACCUUACACUCAGACUAAUGCACUUUAUUAAGAUAGGUUUUUUUUUUCCUUUUUUCUAUUUUGAGAAGAUUUACUUGUAUAUUUAUGUGGUAUGCUUCAGAAAUAUUACCACAUAUAUAUAUAUAUAUCUAUAUACUGUGUGUUGAAUCAGAACUGGAGUUUGUGCUGGGAGGAAAUGGUGGCGAUUGGGGGACCAUUGUGUGUUUUAGUUCAGAUAUUAUCAGAAAACAAAUCCUCUCUUUAAAGACGAACACUGUUGUUUUUUUAUAUGCAUAUAAAUAUAUAUAAAGUUUCUAUAAAAAAAAAAAAACGUAAAGCUAUUAUAAAAAAAACUUUGAUUAUAAAACUUGAAGAUUUGCACUCAAAUAAAAUGCAAGUUAAAAAGAUAAAAAAAAGUUCGAUAUAAUAGAUGAAUAUUUUUGUGAUCGUGUGCCUGUGUGUGUGUGUAUGUCUAUGCACGCAUGUUUUUCAAGAAUGAGAGUGUGUGCGUAUGUGUGUGUGUGUUAUAAACAUACCAGUCUGCACAAUGUAUUUUUUUUUUUAUCGCUUGGACGUAUGAUCAAAAGAGGCCAUUUUUUUUUUUUUUUUUUAUUAUUCUAUGAACUGAAUGUGUGAAUGCUUGUGUACAGGAGGAACUGUGUGUAUUACUCCUCUUGUAAAUGUGCAGUAUGUAAGUGAACGAACGAAUGAACAAAUGAAAGACAGAGAGAGGGGGCAAUGGCACAACACAUCCUCUUUCACCAGCCCUUCAAUUUCCCAACAAAGAAUGACCUCUAGAUUCAAACUCAAAAGCUUUAGCCCAUUUUGCGCCAACCAGCACUCUUAGUUUUCAUGGUAGGAAGGGCAAGAGACGUCUUUUCCUGCCUCCACUCCAUCUUGCCUCUGUGAGGUUUAAAAACAUGUCAUGUCAUUGUUCUGUUUGUUUUUGUUGAAGAGCUCAGUCUUGUAUACCUUUAGGAAAUGGUUACUUGUGGUACGUAUGUUGCGAGUGUGUUUAUUUUCUGUCCCCACGUGUGCCUAAGAACUAAAGUGAGAAUGAUUUAGAUUUCAUUGCUGCCAUUGAGACAUGAUUUUUUUUUAGCAAAGGGGAGUGGUUUCUGUUGGAAGGCUCCGCCCCCCACAUGCCUCCCAUGCUUAUUAAUCAAGAGCCUAUUUCUGUACAGUUCUAUUGUAGCUUGGGGAUGUGCGGAUGAAAGAAUUGUUUGAUAUUUGGAGGUUGUGACCUAACAUUGCCUUUCUGUCCACUUUCUUAUUGAGUGACUGAGGUUUUGACUAUUUCUGGUUUAAAAAAAAAAAAAAAUGAUCGCAGCAAACUGUGCAAGUGCACUUAGCAGUGCACAAAAUGUUUAUAUUUUGUUACUUGUUCAUUGUUGUCAACGACAAUGAUGGUGAUUCAUUUUUUUCUUUUAAUGUUAUAUAUGACUAUAUGAAUCUGAAUAUAAACAAAGUAUUGGACUACAAAGGAAGAGCACUUGGGGCUGCUACUUUUUUUGUUCGUCUUGGAUUUUUUUUUUUUGCCACCAUGUGAAGUGCAUUUGUGUACUUUUUUUUUUUUUUUUUUUUCUUAAAAAGAUGUUGAAUGUAUUCCAAAAUGUAACGGUGUAGAUGGAGUUGCUCAACACAGGAUAUUAAAGUGUAAUCAGCAGGACAUCAUCAGGAGCUAAAUCGAAAAUCGCUCCCGAAAGGCUACCACAAAAACACACUGCCUCUACAAUCCUGUUCAUAAAGACUUGGACUAUGAAAAGGAGAACUUCAAAGAAAUUCUAUUCCAUACUGGAGUUUUGGUUGUUUACAAACCACACGGACAUUUGUGGGUGCUUUUUUCCCCCUUUAUUUUUGUGAUGAUUGAAUAUGUGAUUCUGCAGUUUCAGAAUAUUUUUUUGGGGGGGGGGGACUUCAAUGGCAUGAUGUCAGACCCUUUCUUUGCAUGUGGAUAUGAACGCAGCCUAUAUAACUUGCUGACCGAAACAAACUUGGAUCGCUGGAACACAAGUAAUGGAUUUCCAUCAAAGAUUUCUUCUUGUACCUUUAUCUCACGGACAGGGUGUGUUGUUAAGAAUCAUAAAGGCGACCAUAUUUUGUUUACCAAACUUCUGUUUACUUUUGUCUAAUCUUCUUUUGUAAUGGAUUCACAUUGAUGAACACAGAAGAAAUGCUUUAUGUACCUGGAAAGAAGGCAAAAAUCAAGACCGCACAGAUGACCUCUUGGUACUUAAAGAUGCAUAUUGAAUGCUUUAUAAUUUUUCCCUUUUAUCCAAUCUAUUUUUUUUUUGUUUUGGCUUGGAUUAUUUUGGAUGAACACAUCUAUGAUGGAUGUUGAUGAGAAGAGCAACUAGAGAACGUAUGUAUGACCUCAGAUCUGCCAGAUAAUUGUUUUGGACGGGGUGUCAUGGCCAUCAUCUUCAUAAGUUAACAAAGGGACUAGCACUGCCCUGAUACCCUCGCAAUGCACUUUUCUAAUUUGCUCAAAACUGUGAGGAACUUUCACUUGGGCUUGGGGAACGCAGACAGAGCGCAAGUUGCCCGUUUCUGUCAGCAGAUGGACGCUUGGAGAGUUUUAGACACCCUUGCAUGAGACUCGUUCUCCUUCCGGUGGUUGUUUCUCAGUCUGCUUGAGAACGUCUCCACGCAAGCUUUACCGUGUAUAGAUAAGGGAAGUUUCAGACACAUUGGGACUUGAGGAAAAAUCAUUGGAGUUUUCUCAUGGAGGAUUUUCACUGAACAAUGUUGAUAUUUAAGACUAUACGAACAGUUUCCAAACUUGGUUGAAAUAUGGAGAUUGAGAACCGAUUCACUCAACAGUGUUCUCCGUUAUGUAAAAAGGAUUAAAUCGCUCGGUCCAGGGUGCUAGCCAAUGGAUUUUUUUUUUUUUUUUUUUUUUUUUUGUGGACUGGAAUUAUUUCAUUGACUGAGAAAUGCUUAAAAAAAAACGUUUUUUUUCUUUGAGUGUGUAUUGGAGAUAAAGCUCUACCGCCACCUGCUGACUGCAUGGCUGAAAUUCACCUAUGGCUUGAAGUAGUUACUGCGCUACAAGACCGUCUGUUUGAUCUUUGCUGUUCCAGAUCUUCAGAUGAAGACCGAGACUCUCCAGUGCAUUGUGUCCUGUUCUCAUCUUUCAGAGAUGGAUCCCAAGGUCAGGAAUUUCAAACAGCACAUGAAAUGACGACUGCAUGACAAGAACUAAAAGCCCAGGAGGAAGUGGAGGGUUGCAGCUUCAUUGCACCGUAUUCGGACUACUCAGAGGAACAUGUUUCUUUGCUAGGAGGAGGGAGUGAACUGUGAAUGCUGGAACAGAGAACUAUGAGAUCUCAAACAUGCACAGAAUAGUUCUGCUCGAGUGCAGCCAGGGUUAAACACUGUGCACACAUUAUUAAUAACUGAAAUACACCUGCACACACACAAACAUACACAUCCAAAUAUGUAUUGUUGAUUACACGAACACUGACAUGGCUCAACUACACUUCAUCUCUGGCUGCCAUGUAAAUAAUCUAUAUAUCCCUAACCCUUUUCCCUUUCUCUGCUGGGUUUCAGGUUUGAUUUUUUUUUUUCUUCUCUUUUAAUGACAUGCCUUAACAGUUCAGAUUUGCCUAUUAAGGCAGACUUAAGAUGCGUAAAGCAAAAAAAAAAAAGUGUUAAUAGUCAGCGAGACUAGCUCUGUGAUUGUAGUGUGGGAUUUUAUUUAAUAAACCCUUGAAACAUUAUGAACCUGCAAAAAUGAUUUGUGACAUUACAAAUUAUCCCCACAAAAGACAUGCAAUUACUUCUUGGUUUUAAAUGGGCAAGUAUUUUUGAUGAUACAACCUAAUGUACAAACAGUGCUUUGCAGUUUCAAUAUUAGAGGCAAAAACUGUUUCCAGGUCAGAAAUAUUAAAUGUUUUCAUUUUUGAUCUCAAAAAAAGAUGUCUGUGCAGAAGUACUUUUACUAACACAUGCUUGAGUGUCAGCUUCAGCUGUUACUGAGCUUAACAUCAGAAAGGAUGGGAUUUGUUGGUGUAAGUGAUGCACGACAUUAUCAUAGUAAGUAUUGCCCUUUAAAGAUAAUUAAUUGUGUAAGGUUUGAAGGUCAGAUUUAACUAGAGAUGCCUAAUGUCUUUACUGGUAUGCAAAAAUCCAUGGUUUAAAAUGUUUGUGAUGAUAAAAAUACAUGCUUCUUAUAUUUAUUAAUUUAGUGUGUGAAGCAGCAAUACUGUAUUGACUGUCACAGAGGUGUGUGUUCAUGGUAAAGUGAUCAGCUGAAUAUCAGAGGCAUUGGCUGAUUCUAAAUCAUUAAAUCUUAUGCUAGUCAUCAAUGCUAUCACACAUCUGAGGUGGAUGUCUUUUGAAAUUUCCAGAGAUGCAACAAUUAAAAAAAGGUAAUAAGAAACCAUUGACAAUAAUGUUUGAAUAUUAUGUAAAUAGUUUUUUGGGGUUUAUGGUUUGUUUGAAGAAAACAAUAAAUACUUAAGAAAGAA